GCGGCUCGGGCUGGGGGCGCGCGGAGCGCCGGGGGCGGGGGCGGAUUGUGACUGAGCCGGGGGCGCCUGUGCGCUCACCUGGCGCGGGCGAGGGGUCCCGGAGCGGGGCUCCGGAGCGGGGCUGGUUGCUUUCCCCUCGCCUCACUUCCCGAGACGUUCAGGUCCGGCCCGACCUAGCUGCGCCUGCGGGUGUCCCCCCCCCCCCCCCCCCCGUACCGGGGAGGCACGACGGGCCGGGCUGCCGGGCACCGGGAGCUCCGGCGCCCACUUUCGACAGCGACCCGAGCAGCCCGGCGGUCCGGGACCACUGGGGUCCAGCCUGGAGUGGGGGGCGCGGACUUGCCAGUGUGUCUGUUUCAUCUCUCUGCUUGCCGGUCAGGUGGCUGGACCAAUGAAGAUGCUGCUUUACCGGGUCCAGCUCGGGGAUGAGCCCGUGGCCCUGGCUGUCCCUCCCGUUGUGCUGCCAGCCCUCCCUCCCUGAGCUCUAGUUUCUUCCCGGGCUGUGCCUCCUGGUUUCCGAGCUUGGCACCACUUCACAAGAAAGGCAGCUUUCCCAGAGGAUCGAACUCCUGAUUAAGUUGCUCCCCUGGAGCCUGCUGCCCUGUUUUCUUCCUCCCUGGGAGCAGCAGGCUCCUGGGUCACUGUGGGAUGGGCAGUGGACUUGGUGACCGGGUGGGACGCCUGGCGGGAGCCUUGGGGGCUGUGAGGCUGGCAGCUCCUUGGUGCCGAGUCUGCAGCAGGUGCAUAUCCUGGCCCGGUUCCCAGCACAGGCUGGGGUUUGUGUCUAUGGAGGGUGUGUUGUGGCAGCAGGGAUACCUGGACCUGUCUCUCUAACCCUUCCAGAGGUCAGGGGUGGCUUGGGAUCACUGAGUUUCAGGGUGGCUGCAGGGACAGGCUGGGUUCUGGUUAGCAGAUGUGUGAUCUGCAGGCGUGCCCAGGCUGUGUGCUCAAGGGCAAAGAGGUCCUGGCACCUGCCCUGGGGGCGGUUAACGCAGCUGCUGGCAGAGCUGACAUGCUUUCCUGGGCUUUCCUGCCUCCCCCAUUCUGUCCUGUGCAGCCUUGGGGCCUUCAGCUGCUAGGUGUAGGGGCAUUUACCAGGGCGGCCUGGAAUGAAUCCUCAGUGGACCCUGAUUUUGCAGACGUUCUGGGCAACUGCCAGGUUCAGACCUCUGGCCAGCCUUCACUGCAAGCUUGACCAGUGGCUGACCGGGCCAUCUGGCAGCUCUGGGGGCCUCUGGGGAAGGGGUCAGCAGGUUGGCAGUAGUGCCCGCGCCCUCACAAUGGGAGGAGGGAGGCUUCCUGGGUGGCCAAUCCCUGCUUGCUCCGCAGCACAUUCCUGUCUCCAGAGCUGUACUGCUCAUUAACCUUAGCAGGAGGGCACCUAGAGGACAUGCUGUCCCCCUCAAACAGGACCCCGGAAGAGUGCAACAAGCCUGAAGCUGUCCAGGGCCUCAGGCCUGAGUGACCACAGGGUCUGGCAGCACUAGUACUUGAGAACCCCACGGGCAGUUGCUGACUCCUCUGGGCCAUGCUGCGGGUCAAGAUCGCCCCGUCCCCACCUCCAUGCGGCACUUUCUGGGAAAGCAGCAGCUUGGACUGGGGCAGGCUGGGUGCUGUGGUUCACCUGAGCAGGCCUCCACCUCGCAUCUGUCCAGGAGGAUGGCCUAGGUGGCCACUGUGCCAGGCUGUGAGAGGUCCCGAGGGGAUGAGAUGGGAGAUGGGGUGUCCUGGGAGGGCCUUCCAGGCUGGCAGCUGGGGGCGGGGGGCUGUCAGAGGCUCCCUGUGUGGCGUUCUUGGUCAGGGGAGGCCAGGUGACUGGCAGCUCCUGCCAAAUGCAGAGCAACAAGAGGAUGCCCUUUUGCGCUGUGGACUGUGCCGCAAGUGGGAAGGCUCUGACAGGUGUGGGACAUCUGGGCCAGAGGUGCAGCAGGUCCUCUGGGUGACACCCAGGAGCUGCGGGGUAUGGCAGGGGCUCUGGGUGCUGGGAGAGUGUGGAGGCGUGUGGGGCCCAUGGGGCCCGGCUGACACAGCGUCUCUCUCAGAGCCCGGGCUGGUGUUCGAGCACUUUUCACAGGCCCCGCAGAAGCUGUCAACCUACAGCUGGUACGGCAGCGCCAGGCUCUUCCGCUUCCAUGUCCCUCGUGACACCGUGCUGCUGCGCUGGCUGCUGCAGGCCUCCCAGGACAGCGGCCUGGCCUGCGCCGAGAUGAACAUCACUGUGCACUUCCGCCACGGUGCCCCUCCUGUCAUCAACCCACUGGACACCAGAUUCCCGGAUGACACCUUGGUGCCCCAGUCCUUCUAUGUCAAGAUGCUGCUGGGCAAUGCCUCGGUCAACAUGUCCCACCCAGCACCCGGGGAUUGGUUUGUGGUCGCCCACCUGCCUCCGUCCUCCCAAAAGAUUGAGGUGAAGGGCUUCGUCCCCACCUGUGCGUACGUCUUCCAGCCUGACUUGCUGGUCACACGGGUGAUUGAGUUCUCCAUCAUGGAGCCUGAUGUGCCUCUUGCACAGACUCUCUUCUCACACCCCAGCUACCUCAAAGUCUUCAUCCCCGAGUAUACCCAGCAGCUUCAGCUGGAGCUACAGGGCUGCACAUCCAACCAGAGUGGGGGCUGCCCCGUGCGUCUCUCUGUGGGCUCGGCCACCUCUCCUGGCAGCUUCCAGAAGAUGCUCUCGUGUGCUGGUCCCAACCCAUCCUGCCAACUGCUGCUAGCCUCUCCACCCUGGGACCAGUGGUUGCAUGUGAUGGCCGAGAGUCUGGCAGGACCUCGUGCAUCUGUGGCUUUCAGUGCUGUUGCUGUACUUACAGCCUGCAGGCCCUGGACUGUGCCCUUUCCACCACUGGUGCAGAACCCCCUGAAUCAGAGUGGGAACGCCUCCGCCAGGCAGCUGACCCCGGGGCCUGGUGGCCAGGAGCUCGCCCAGGCUGGCAGGGCAGGCGGUGACCCGUUCUGCCUGCUGCACUACCCAGUAGUACGGGAAGACCUGGACGUGAUGUCCGUGCGUUUCCAGCCCCUGGACGGCAUCAUGGUGCUGGUGCGCUCAGGCAUGCCCUCGCUGAUGCAACUGCGCCUCAACACGGGCAUGGACAGCGGGGGCUCCCUCACCGUCGUCCUGAGGGCCAACCAGACAACCCUAGCCAAUGGCACCUUGGUGGCAGCCUGCGUGACCGUGGCCUCGCCCUUCCUCAGCUUCAACACCUCAGUCAGCUGCACCACAGCCUUCUUCCAGGGCCAUGCCUUGUCGCUGAGCCCCUCCUCGUACUCAGACAAGCUCAUCAUCCCCUAUCCAGAGACGGCCACCUGGUACCUUUCCCUGCAGCUCCUGUGUCCCGACAGCCCCCAGGACUGCGAACAGGUCAUGCUGCCUGUGGAGACCUCCGUGUACCUAGAGCCCUGCUGGAAUGACUGUGGGCGGUACGGCCAGUGCCUGCUGCUGCGCAGACAUGGCUACCUGUAUGCCGGCUGCAGCUGUAAGGCAGGCUGGCGCGGCUGGAGCUGCUCGGAUAACAGCACUGCACAGACACCAGCCCAGCAGAGGGUGGCUGCGCUGCUGCUCACACUUAGCAACGUUAUGUUCCUGGCACCUAUUGCCGUCUCGCUGCAUCGUGCCCUCCUGGUUGAGGCCUCGGUCUACUGCUAUACCAUGUUCUUCUCCACGGUAGAGUAUGCGGUGGGGGCGGAGAGGGACAGGGGGGAGCUGGGCCCCUGCUCAUGCCCCACCUCUGCCCCCCAGUUCUACCAUGCCUGUGACCAGCCAGGAGAGGCCGUGCUGUGUAUCCUCAGCUAUGACACACUGCAAUACUGUGACUUCCUGGGCUCAGGCGUGUCUGCCUGGGUCACAGUCCUCUGCAUGGCCCGGCUGAAGACUGCCCUGAAACAUGUCCUGUAUCUCCUCGGCACACUGGUUAUUGCCAUGUCCUUGCAGCUGGACCGCAGGGGCAUCUGGAAUAUGAUGGGGCCCUGUCUCUUUGCCUUUGUGAUCAUGGCCUCCAUGUGGGUGUACCGCUGUGGACACCGGCACCGUUGCUACCCUACAUCCUGGCAGCGUUGGGCCUUCUUCCUCCUGCCGGGCAUCUGCAUGGCCUUCGUGGGCAUUACCAUCUACACAUCAAUGAUGACCAACGACAACUACUACUACACCCACAGCAUCUGGCAUGUCCUGCUGGCAGCCAGCGCCGCGCUUUUGCUUCCGCCCCGUGACCGGUGCGCUGAGCCCUGGGCUUGCUCACCCAAGCUCCCCUGCCACUACCAGAUCUGCAGGAAUGACCGGGACGAGCUGUACACCGUGACAUGACGGGCUGUCCCUCUGCGUUCCCAUCUCCAUCCAAAUAAAACUGCCCAGCGCUCUCAUGCUUGCUUGCCUGGCCGGUGUCCCCCCCCAGGUGCCCGCUGCCCCUGGGUGCGGGGAGUCAGCCGGUCGGCGCUGCCCGAUCGAUGGGUAGCACUGUGGGCCAAGAGCCCCUCUUCUCUGAGAAGCUGUGCUGGGGCACCCCCACCUGAAGGCUGCCUGCUUGGGGGAGGGGAAAGGCAGAUGGGCACCCCGGACCCUUCCCUGAAGGCACAGUGCCCCCAGUCAGCGUGCCUGGGGAGGGGUCGCUGCUGCCGGCCAAAGGGCAGCCUGUGCCGAGGGCUCUCCUGCUGGCCUUGCUCUUGGCCACCAAAGCAUUUUCUAGGCUUGUACAUGAGAAAUAUUACACAUACAUAUAGAUAUAUGGGGUGUUCUGAGGGGUCAGAGAUUCCAAGACGUUCAGAUAUAUAUUUAUGUAGAUCUGAUUUCGCUAUAACUGAUGAAUUUAAUAUUCUGUGAUUUUUUCUUUUUUUUAAAAUGAGAAUUUUGAAUUAAGAGUUUAUUUUGGUGCAAGAAGAUUUUAAAAUCAAUGUGUAGAUUUUUGUAUAUUGUGCAUUUUCAAUAAACUUCUCCAAUACUCCC